AUGAAGAAUGAAUACCAGAGUAGACAGAAGAUGGAAAUUCGUAACCCUUAUCAUUUGAACUAUAUAUCAAAGAGAAAUUUGAAAAAUCUUAGACAUAAUCCUCCUAUGAAUGUAAUAGAUCAUCAUGAGAAUAGUGAGAUCGAUCGAAAUCAUGAAUACCGUCAACUGGGCACAGUUCCCGAUUGGAGAAAACAAAGAUUUCAGAUGGAUGAGACAGUAGACAACGUGAUAUAA